ACUGCUGCUUGUGCCCGGGCGGCUGCGGCUGGAGGAGAAACUGAGGUCCGCGGGGCACGCACUUCCGGAGCCAUCCUUCAAAACAAAAGCUGCCACUUCCUCAAACCCAAUAUUUAACAGUCAACACGUCUGUGACUCUAGAGUCCUCAGCGCUCGUCAACAUUAUCAAAUCAAUUCUAUUUUAUUUGAACAAUUUGAAUUUGUAUGGCCCAUAUUCACAAAUCACAGUUUGCGUCCUCCCUCAUUAUCUAGUGAAGUGUUUGAGUCCACAAAACCCCAUUUGGAGUUUCAGGGCUAAACAGUGUUGCAGCCAACUCCAGUAUAAUUGAAGUAAAUGAUGACCACUUGUUCAAACGUAUAGAAACCACAUUAAAAAAACAUUCAAAUGCCUCCAUACAGCUCCUGGGGCGUCGUCAAAGUGUCCAUAAGCCCUGACAUUCAAAUUCUCGCGAUUUACACCAAGUUUUAAGUCUUGAUGUCCUCUGUGAUGAGAUGCGUUCACUCGUGGAUAAACAUUCGACUAAAAUGCUGGAUGCUACACUUCCCAUAAUGCAGCUGAAGAGGGCCUUUCCUUGGAUCCAUCCUUCACAUUUAACACCUGUGUCUGUAUUUAAAGAUGGACGACACGACAGCGCCUCGAAAGUGAAGCCAAAUCCUCUCGAUUGCCCCCUGGUGGCUGGCUGCAGUACAGGUAAUAAACCCGGCCUCCCUCGUCUUAGCGAGUGAGACAUGGUCCAAACUCAAAAGUCAAACUACACGUCAAAUAAAUGUUCUCAAAGACGGCUUCUAACUUCUUACGUAUCAUGAUGUCAUGAUUGACUGACUCACGAUUUGGUCGAGCACGUGAAUCUGUCUUGUCAAAUCAAACAUGAAGCUUAGCUUUAAUUUGGUGUGUGUUGCAAGUAUUCUGAUGCUUUUAUUUUGAAGGUAGACGCCCUAACCGGAAGCUUUUUAACAGCAGAAACCAUUCAAACCUGCAGACCCACCGCUUGACGAUAACAGCUCAUCACUUCUACAUUAUAGGUUGAAUAUGUGACUUUUAUUAUUAAAUACGAUCAACAUAUUAUUGAUUAAAUUGUUGGUUACAGAAACAGGAGUUUCUCCAAAAAAAAAAAAUUAAAAACACAUUAUAUAUAUUCACAGUUGUAAUACUUACCUGAUCAUACUAAGUACAUUAUUAAGUACAUUACCUUUUAGGGAUAAAGUGUACCCUACAUUUACAUGUAUUGUUCCCAUCGUAACAUACCCUGUAACCAGGACGGUGUCAGUCCCGUCACCUUCUCAAUCAACGCUACGUGACCAAUGUUUGUGGUUUAAAUAAUUUAACCUGUUGGACAAAGUCAAACUGGAGUCAACAGACACCGGGUGAAUGCUGCUGGUGUUCAAACAUUUCCACGGAUCACACAUUAUCUCACCGAACAUCGUCACAUUUUCAUUUCAAAUUGUUUUGGGGGGGAGCACAUGCAAAUGUGAGGCUCUGACCUUUCCUUUCUAAUCCUCCGCCGGCUGGAGGUUUCCCUCCGUGUCAGCCGGGCCCUGUAACGGUUUGAGAUAAGGAGACACAGAGGGUGAAUCCCUGACACACAAAAAAAGGUUAUGUCGUCUUAUCUAUUAAAAAAAAAAACAGACAAUGAACACAUUCAUUUUCCUUGAAAAGAACAGUGUCUCCCAUUGUAAAAGAUCCGUGAGGCUAUACUUCUGCUUACUUUUAUGAGUUUUCAGGGUUUUAAUCACAAGUUUACUUUAGCUGAUCCAAAACUCUGCUGUAUUAUAUUUGAUCAACUCUUGUAUUUCUCUGCAUGUUUUAAAGCCAAACACCAGGGGGCGAUCAAGAUGCAUUGGCUUCACUUUUAGGGAUCCACAAUCGUGCCCGUCUUUAUAUAAAGUGUUUGCUUUUAACCAUUAACUUACCAUACACAAUUUCUCUAUUGUUAUUGCAUAUAUGUGUAUAUAUGCACAUUUGGCAUGAAGCCCAGUUAAUCAAAGCUUAUGUAAGUCUUUUGGUACAGUUUUAAAUAUAAUAAAUAAUAUUUUUAAUCUUUAAAGCUAGUCUCCGGUAAAUCAAUCUCUUGUUGGGAAGCCAAAGUCGCCAGUAGGACUCUCCUGAAAAGUAUAUUUCCAGUAUUAUUUCCGUAAUUCUUGAACUUUUUCAUUUUCAGAAAUUGAGGCCUGACUAUGUGAGCUUUUAUGUGACAAGACGCUGCUUAAAGGUACAGUUAGUUUAAAAGCAGGCAAAAAAUAUGAAUAAAGGAAAACACACAAAUAAGAAUACUCUUAUUAACAGCUGUGUUUCCACUGUGGGAGCAGCUGGUGGAGAAGCAGGAAGUCUCUCACAUAAAAAUGAAAUCCAUUCCCGAAUGUUGACAGUGAAGGUGAAAGACAAACAGUGGAGUUGUAAAUCGUCCCAGUGAGGUUUCGACUGGUUGACAGGUCUGUUUGUUUUAAUGAACAGAGACGAGUGUUUUGACUCUGAGGGAAAGAAAUGAACUGGAGCAAGAGCUGGUGCUGCCCUCCAGUGGUCACAGCUUGUACCUUCACAGAGCUGCAGGGACCUACAUGCUGUGCAGAGUCCAGGCUGAUAACACUGAAUGUUCAACUGUACUGAACUGCAUGGAUUUACAAAGCUAGUCAUUUAAAUUUACAAAUCAGGAGUUAGGUUUUAAACAUUAUUAUUAUUGUUAUUAUAACUAUCACAGGAAGUAGAUAGAUGGAUGGAUAGAUGGAUAGAACGGAAAAGAGGGAAAACAAUGAUAAUGAAACUCCCCUGGUCUGUGACAAAAUAUUAUAUUGUUGCCGAUCAGAAACCAUUUAUACCGAGAUUAGGAAACAACAUAAACAUAAUCUUGAGAGAUAAACAGCUAUUCAUUUUAUUGUCCCAUUAAACGACACAACCACAACACAGAUAACCUUUAUUACACACAGACACACACACACACACACACACACACACACACACGGUCAGUGCUAAAACUGCUUUGUCACUGAGAUCCUUUAUAGAUCCUCUUUCUUCAUGGGCAGGUAUUUCCAAACUGCCUGGUCCGUGUACGUGUUGGGCAUUUCUAGACUUUUGCAAUUUAGCAAAUGUCGACUUUUCCCAAAAAGUAGUUGACUGGUCGAUUAAUCGCAGGUGAUUAAGUGUUAAAACCUUUCAAUGCAACUAUCACUAUACACUCAGGUGAAGCGUACAGGCUACAGGCUAAGGGGUAAAUCACCAGUGACCCUUAGAUACAUGCCGACAAUGCAGAAGGGUUCCCAUCCCAACAACUGCUCCAACUAUGCCACCAUAACAGAGGGUAACACAUCACCUGCUAUGUGCAAAUCACAUGUCGAUAAGAACAGCUCCCCCGGCUUUGGAUCUGCUGUAGAUAAACCCACAGAUAGACAACUAGUGCACAACAGCGCACAGAUAAGUUGUUUUGAGGAGUCUGUGAAACCCCGAUAAAUAUAGGUGUGUUCUUCGUUUUCUGCUUUAUCCACCAAGGCAGCAGAGGUGAAUAGAGAUAGUGAGGAAAGAAAUGGGAGAGGAGAUCAGGCAUACUGGGAACUGAUGUCUGAUAAAUCCUCUUGAAUGCGGAUGCAGGAUUGUCCCAUGAGUCCAAUGUCCUACGAGGCCUUUCUCCCCAGACUUUUGCAGCCAUUAUCAGUUGGGUCAGAUUUGAUCACCUGCUUGGUGGGGUGAUACUCUCUCUUUCUCUCAGGUGAACUUUAAACCUCCCCUUUUCAUUAUAUAACUUCAUUUAUAAGACAGGUGCAGCAGUGUCUGUCAGCCUCUACCUGGCCUCUGCAGCUCUGUCAGCUCCUCUGAUGCUACAGACGCCUGCCUCUGCUGCCGGGGACACGAACACUGACAAGCUGCACACACACACAUCCCACCGACACAGAGACACACGGAGAACCGGCUGCUAGGCAGACAAAACAUUCGCACAGUCGCACGGAGGCAAAAACGCACAGCACCAUGGGCUGCUGCAACAAGGAGCAAGGACUCAUAGCCGGAGCCGUGAUUGGGGCUUUGGUAGCCAUACUGGGAGGGAUCCUCUUCCCAGUGGGGGACAGCAUCAUCAAGGGAACAGUGGAUAAGGAGUCCGUCAUCGAGCCUGGAACCACAGCUUAUGACACCUGGACGUCCACAGGGCCGCCCGUGUACAGGCAGUUCUGGUUCUUUGAUGUGAAAAACCCACUGGAGGUUGUGCAGAAUGGUGCGAAACCAGAGGUCAUGGAAAAAGGACCUUACACGUACAGGACGAGGAUUUAUCCCAGAGCAAACAUCACGUUCAACCCAAACCAAACCGUCUCCUUCCUCCUGCCUCUCAAUGCCGUCUUCGAGCCGGCCAUGUCGGUGGGACCAGAGGAGGACUACGUCACCUCCAUCAACCUGGGUGUGGCUGGAGCUUAUUCACUGUUUCCCAAAGGAUUACAUUUAUUCCUGAAUAAUCUGAUAAAGUCGAGCAACUCCUCCCUGUUCCAGUACCGCACAGUCAAGGAGUUGCUGUGGGGUUACACCGACCCCAUGCUGAAAAGAACCCUGGGCGCAUUUGUACCCUUCAAUGACACCUUCGAUGGCUUCUACACCGUUUACUCUGGAAAGGAGGACAUCUCACGAGUGGGGAUUAUUGACAUGUGGAAAGGAGAGAGGAGUUUGCCUUUCUGGAACGACACGUACUGUGACAUGAUCAAUGGAACAGAUGCGUCCGCCUUCCCUCCUUUUUUGGACAAAAAGAAGCCUCUCUACUUCUUCUCAUCAGACAUCUGCAGGUCCGUGUCAGCCAGCUAUGAGCAGAGCAUUGAUCUGAAAGGUAUUAAGCUUUACCGUUACACCCUCCUGGCGUCCACCCUGGCCUCCCCUACGGUCAACCCAGACAACAAGUGCUUUUGCACGAACCCAACGACCACCAGGAACUGCACCCUGGCCGGAGUACUGGAUAUCGCCCCCUGUAAAGAUUUAACACCUAUCUUCAUCUCUCUGCCGCACUUCCUUCACGGCAGUCCAUACCUGCGGGAGGCCGUACUGGGUCUGAAUCCCAGCGAGGAGCACCAUAAAACCUUCUUAGACGUGGAACCUACGACCGGGUUUUCUAUGAGAUUCGCUAAAAGAAUUCAAGUGAAUAUGAUGUACGGGCCAUCGAAAGUCAUCACGAUCCUUAACAAAGUCCAGGAUUACACUAUAUUCCCUCUCCUCUGGAUGAACGAGACGGGCGAGUUGGAUCAGGCGACGGCAGACAUGUUCAAGAAGGAGCUCAUCUCCCGUGUCGACAUGCUGGAGACGAUACAGCAGGUGCUGCUGGGCCUCGGUUUGGCCGUCUUCGCCCUGUGUCUCAUCGGCUACUGUGUGGUGAGGCGGCAACGCAGCAAGUCCGGGUUCUGACCAAUCAGGCGGACGUGUCUGUUGUGGAGCAAAGUGCAUUUAAGCUGCUGUGGCACAUCAAAGCUGUUUUUGAUAUAGACUUGCACUUUUUUUGUAAUUGUAGUGUUAUUUAUGAUGUUUUCUCCUUUGAUACCGGGAGGGGAAAUACUGUGAUUUUUUUAAAGCUAAAGAGCUUAAUUCCUUUGCCAAGUAUAAUUUCAAGUGCAAACACUGUAACAUUAACUCAAUCAGGGAUUUCUGGAAGCAGGUGUACUCAUUUUAACCGUCAGGCUCAUAAUCUGCUCAGAGGAGAAAUGUGCUCUGACGUCCUAUUAAACAGAAACGCACAUGAAUCUAAUCAAAUGUUCACGUCCUUCGCUGAACUAGAGUCUUUAAAAAAUGAAUAAAAAGCUAAGAAGUGAGUUUCUCAUUGGCUGUCAUGUUCCUAGUGUUGGAUUGUUCUGACCCCGCCCCCGCGCUCUACACCCCUCGAAGCCCAGAAUACAGGCGAGGCUGAAACAAUCCUCUGCAUUGUGCACGCUCAGGCUAAAGUAAUUCUGUUUCCUCUUUA